AGGUUUAUCCAUUUUCCACUCUUGUUUUUUACUAGUGUAUAAUCUAAAAAUUGUAAUGGGUAAUCACCAUUCAUCACAUGGUGGUGAACGUAGGCCCAGAGAAUAUGGGCAAACUCAUGCUACUCCUCGUUUAGAUGAGCCACCCAUUAGCAUAGACUCAAAGCCAGCAAGGGAAGGUCGCCUCAAAUCUCAGGCUUCAGAAGAUGAGGGGGAGCCUGUCUUCAAAGAUCUCAAGUCACCUGAUCCAAAAGACCAGCCUCCUCGUUUCCGUGCUAUGGGACACAAUAAAAAAAUGCUGCCCUGUGUCAUCAAGUGGCCAGGUGGAGGACAGAAUGUGUCUCUCUCAGGAGCAUUUAACAAUUGGCAGAAACUUCCCAUGGUUAAAAGUGAGAAGGACUUUGUGGCUAUUGUUGAUCUACCAGAAGGGAAAUUUGAGUACAAGUUUGAAGUUGAUGGUGAAUGGAAGACCAACCCUAAUGAAGAGAAGGUUGUAAGCUCUGAUGGCAUUGAGAACAACGUCAUCAGUAUUAAUAAUGCUGACUUUGAAGAACUUGAAAACUCUUUAUUGAAGGACCCUAACGACUUGAAUCAACCUGAUCCUUUUGAAUUCAAUACCAAUCAGCAAGCAAAACAAGAAGAUGACGAUAACGACGGUUACGCACAGACUGUACCCGAAUACAAGCCUACCGACAAAGUGAAGGAUCCACCAGUGCUGCCUCCUCACCUCCUGCAGGUCAUCCUCAAUAAGGACACGCCCGUCUCGUGUGAACCGACUUUGUUGCCUGAACCCAACCACGUGAUCGUGAACCAUAUGUACGCUCUGAGCAUUCGCGAUGGCAUGAUGGUGCUCUCCACCACUCACCGCUACAAGAAGAAGAGCGUCACCACCCUCAUCUACAGGCCGUUAUAGGCUACAAAAUGCUAGUACCAGCAUUUAAAAUUUCCUAUGAAGUUAUAAUGCCAUUUGUCUGCUAAAGAGCUGCGCUACCGUUACGGCUUGUCACGAUGGUGUAGCGAGGCCACGUGUUCAAAAUUCAAAGAGAAAUCGAGAGGGCUUCUGGUUUUGUCUGCCUGAAUUGCAUCUCUUUAAUGAAUAAAUUUGUAAGCAUAAGUGUCAUCUAGAUACUUUUUCAGAAAAAGAUUAUUAUGUCCAUCGCAUGUGCAAUGCAAAGAAGUUUUUAGAAGUUCAUAAGGGAAGCCAAACCGAAAAAUGGAACCCAUUUUGUUAACUUCAAAAGAUGCUUUGUUCCUUCGAUUUCAUCUAAUUUUUUAUUUAUUAAGUUUGUGGGUUUCCUAGUUUGUCUUUUAGAUUCUCAUUGUAGCUUAGUUUGGUUAUGAAAUUUUAAAAAUUUACUUUUGGCUCUUCUUACUUGUCAGCAGUCACGAAAGUGGCUUUUGAAAUUAUCAGUAAGAUAAAGAGUUGUAUAGAGAUUAUCGAAUUAUUAUUCUGAGUAAUUAUAUUGGAAUUUCUUCCAGUAUUUAUUAUAAUGAGUGAAUUAAAGAGCUGGAAAGUUUGUACGCGAUGCAGGAUUAUGUGAUCUAUAUUGCUACGAGUUGAAACGAAAGCAAAUAUUACGAGCCAGAGAACAGCAUUUUCCGACUCUCUUGAGCCUCAUCACACGGAUGAGUUCCAGGCUGAAGCACAAUUAUCACUUGAUUACCACUUUGAUAUGUGGUCUUGUUUUAUCCUUAUUUGGGUUGCUUGUUGUAAGCGUUAAUAAUCAAAUAGUAUCACCUCUUAUUAUGUACAUAAUUAGACAUUGAAUUAUAUUUUAUCUUACUUUGCAUGAACUGUUUCCUCCUUGUGAAUAUGUGUUCGCUCGUGCCAUCCCAUAGAUUAGUUUUGUUUGUUUUAACCUUGUAAAGUGUAAAUGUAAUUUUUUGUCAGAAAUUCGAAGAAGCGCAUGUAUAGGUGAUUAUAUCAAUUGAACAUUGCAAUGGUGCAUACGCUGUUACAGUAACACAAAGAAAAAUAUUAUAUGAAAAGUAAUCCGAAGUUGAGUUGGUCCCAGAUCUUACGGUGUUCCGCACGUAAAGCUUUUGAUGCUGCUACGACGAGGUUUUGUGUGGUGGCAUGUACUUCAAAAUUUCAAUCAACACCAUAUGUAUUUUAAUUCCGGUAUCCAUAAUACUUACUGUAAUACUUAUCGGACCCAACGAAAAGCCAAUCAUUUGCCACUAAGUGCAUAAGGUAACGUCGACAUGUUGCCUCCUGGACAUGAGUGCGGUCGGUGUGGGAGUUUGUAAUCCAAGAUCUUGAGCCCAGUGAUGUACUUAUGUCAACCUAUGCCGUGCCUUUAUUCUCUCGUGGUGUUCGAAGGAUCUCUUAUCUUCGAUCCUGACGUCCUGUGUGUACCUCGGAUAAGUUUUAAUGUUUCAAAAAUAUUAGUAGCCGCACUUGGUGGUUUGGCUGCAACAAAUGAAGUAUGGAUUCAUAUCUCCAUACAGUUCUUAACUUGGUACAGUCUAAACCAAGUGCAGAAACCGUUUUUCACAGCUAAAGUGUUUUUUCUCUGUCACAGUUUUGAUCGUGCUGACAAAUUCGGAAUUAAUGCGCGUAUUUUUGGGGAUUUUGUUUAGUAAAAUGAAUUGUGCUGCAAUCAAUGUUAAAAAUAGCUUCUCGCAACUUUUAUGACUAUUUUUGAUUUUAUUCAAAGAUGUAUUUCACUGUCGCAUAACGAACCACGCCACCGACACGUCCAAUUAAAACAUAGCAGAAAGAUCGCAGUCUGACCGUGAAUUUCUUCAAAAAGUUUACUAGACCUGCACGCAUCGGCGGUAUUGUACACUAUUCUCUUCUUAGGUUUGUGUUAAAAUCCAAAACAAUACGCAUUUCUUGGGAUGUGCGAAAGAAAUUGGCUAUUCUGAUUGUUCUGAUAGGAAACUAAAUGAUGACUUACAAAUGACCCAACUCUCACUACGUUUCUUGCGCUCUGUAUCAAGUGGUUGUUGGUUCAAAGGGCGACACAUGUCUGUCAACUUUGCCUGGAAUGUCAGAAGUUGUUGGCUAACUGAUAUGAAUGGAUCUUGUACGACGGGAGCUUAAAUUACUGAAUCUUUAGGUACAUUGUUUCUACCUUAAUUAGAUUUUCAUGUAUCCAUUGAAAACGAACUAAAUACCCAUUAAUUGUGAAGGGAGCUUGACUUCGGCUAAUAUUAUAUAAAAUUGCACCAUGAAAUAUGCUUAUGUGUCGGCGAGUAAUAGCGACAAAUCGACUUUACCUUUUGGUGCAAUCAAAUGUGAAGGAUAGAAAAGUGCGUGCAAUCGUGCGCUAAAUUGAAGAGGUAGAACUAAAACGUACGACUAAGAUAUCUGAUAUUUUGGAAUUACGAGUAACUGUUAUGAGUAUAAUAUCCAUUUACUGGAGAUGAGCACAUCGCAAAGAAGUGAGCGUUUUAUAGAUUCAUUUAAAUUGUCUUAAAGAAUUACCAAUCGCAAUUUGUACAAAAUAUCUUUGUAGGAAUCGUCCACUUAUUGUGAUGAAUAUUGUUUGAUAGUCCAGAAUAUAUUCGACCUUCAA